UUUUUCUUUCUGGGAUUUUCUUCUUCCUUCGGUCAUGGCGUCGCAGACGCGUGCAGAAAAGAUGCAGAUGCGGCAAGGCUACAGGAAUUUGUGGCACACCGAUCUCAUGAGCAGCAUCACGGCAGAUUUCCCAUAUUGCUGCUUUGCGCUCUGGUGUGGGCCAUGUGUAUCAUACCUGCUCCGGAAACGAGCUCUUUACAAUGACAUGUCAAGAUACGUAUGUUGCGCUGGGUACCUGCCAUGUAGUGGUAGGUGUGGAGAAAGUCGAUGCCCUGAAUUGUGUCUUUGCACUGAGGUGUUUCUCUGCUUUGGAAACUCGGUCGCCUCUACUCGCUUCUUAUUGCAAGAUGAGUUCAAUAUACAGACAACACAGUGCGAUAACUGCAUCAUUGGAUUCAUGUUCUGCCUACAACAAGUCGCAUGCAUAUUUUCCCUUAUUGCAUGCAUUGUCGGAAGUGAGGAACUUCAAGAUGCUUCCCAGAUACUGUCCUGUUUGGCUGACUGCGUUUACUGCUCGGUUUGUGCAUGCAUGCAGACACAGCACAAGAUUGAAAUGGAUAAAAGAGAUGGUAAAUUUGGACCACCGUCAGUGAUGGCAGUGCCCCCCAUUCAGCAAAUGUCACGCAUAGAUCAGCCUGUUCCUCCGCUGGUCGGGUUCCCACCUCAGCCAUCAUAUGGGCAGCAACCUUAUGGUUAUCCACCACCACCUCAGGCUCAGGCCUACCCUCCGGCAGGCUACCCUCCCGCAGGCUACCCUCCAGCAGGCUACCCUCCAGCAGGCUACCCUCCAGCAGGUUACCCUCCUGCAGGCUACCCCAGGUGAUCUUCAAUGGUUGGAAUGCAUGUAUGUAUGCAAAUAUGACCACUUCGAAAUUUCAAAAUUCAUAUGGACACACAAUGUUCCCAAAGGAUCUUCUUUCAGUUGUGCUUUUUCUUUUUCCGGAUUCGUUGUAUUCUCAUGAUGUGCAUUAUAGAAAUUGGCGACGACAUGAGUGUAUGCUGCUAUUACUGAGUGCAGUUGUUUCACCUGUAGAUGGUCAAAAGCAUGUUUUGAUA